UCCCAUUCCACUCUCCCCACCCUCUCAUUUCUCUCUCUAUCCUCUAUUCUCUCCUCCCUCUUUCAUUGUGGUCCAGAGGGGUUGUCCCAGGAGUGCUUUGAGUCCGGGGAGCAGAGAAUUGCACAGUGACCGAAAGCCACAGAAAGAGCAGCACCUCCAGUGGGAUCCUACAGAAACGUUGCUUCAUCUGGACGUCGAUAUUCAUUUACAGCUUUUGGGUUUUCAAGAAAUUCCUGCCAAAGGAGGGUUUUUUUAUAUGUUUGUUUUUAUUUUCUAGAAGUUAGCAAAGGAAGACAGAUGACAGACUUUAGGGCAGCUCUAAAACCCAGCUCUGGGCCUAAGCCGGGUUCUGAGAUCAAAACUAGCACACCUGCAAAGGUUGACUUUAGAUCAUUGCUCAAUAAAAAAGAUGGUUCUUCCAAAGCACCUGUGGCCACAACACCCCCAAGCCGCGGACCUUCAGACUUCAGGUCUGUCCUGAGCAAGAAACAAGCAGCAGAAUCCGUGAAGACGGAGGAAAAAGAACAGAACUCCACAAAACCAGCACCAAAGACACCUCAGAAGGAAAAGCAAAGUGGUGUCAAUGGAGUCAAUGGUGGUGCAGUUGAUAAAAAGAGUACUCUAAAGGAAAACACAACAACAACAACAGAGAAAAAAGACAGCAAAACUGAUGCAGGGACAAUUGGAAAAAAGGAGAAAUCCAGCCCGGAGAAGAAGACAAGUGAUGGACAGAUAACAGAGUCUAAUGACAAGAAAGUUGUGAAUGGAGGAGAGAAGGAUGCAGGAAAGCCACCGGUUUUCAAACAGCCUCUCAGUGACAUCACUGUGGUGGAUGGAGAGAGGCUGAGGUUAGAGUGUCAGGUGACCUCUGACCUCCAAGCUGCCAUCACCUGGAUACUAGAUGGGAAAACGGUGAAGCCAUCCAAGUUCAUUGUCUUAUCACAUGAAGGUGAAAAAUGCUCGCUUACAAUCGACAAGGCGCUACCUGAAGACGAAGGACGCUACACAUGUAGAGCAGAGAAUGCGCACGGUAAAGCAGAGUGUUCCUGUGUGGUCACUGUAGAUGAUCCUUCAGACCCAUCAGCAGAUAAGAAGAACAGAAAGAGCUCUUCUGCAACUCCCACUACAGAAAAUGAAGCCAGAAUAAAGAAGAAACCAGCUCCCACCAAACAAGGUUCUCCACCUCAGUUUCUACAUUUCCCUGGAGAUCAGAAGAUCCGGGCGGGAGAAAAGGUGGAGCUGUUGGGCAACUUUGGAGGAUCGCCACCAAUAACCUGCACUUGGCUUAAAUUCAAAAAGCCGAUCCAGCCAGGAAAUGGAGGCAUUUCCAUAGAGACCACAGAGAACAGCAGUCAGCUGACCAUCGCAGCGAGUGACCAGGAUCACUGUGGCUGCUAUACUCUUGAACUGCAGAAUAAAUUUGGCCUCAAGCAGGCCUCGCUGAACCUCACAAUCGUAGAUAAGCCGGACCCUCCAGCUGGUAUCCCCGCUGCCUCUGAUAUCCGCCGGUCCUCGCUUACUCUUUCUUGGUAUGGGCCCACUUAUGAUGGUGGCAGCAUCGUCCAGUCGUACAACCUGGAGAUCUGGAACUCGGUGGACAACACAUGGAAUGACCUCACAUCCUGUAACAGCACAUCUUUCCAUGUCCAGAACCUCCUCAGUGACCGUCAGUACAAAUUCCGGGUUCGAGCUGUGAAUGUGUAUGGGGUUGGAGAGCCCAGUGCAGAAUCUGGACCCAUUGAAGUGGGAGCGGAGGAGGUUACAGAGAAAAAGGAAGAGGAGGAGGUUGGAGCCGCUGUGUCUGAUGAUGAUGAAGAGAAAGAGCCAGAAUAUAGAGAUGUGGUCAUUAAGAAAGACUGCAGCGUCAAGGACUUCUAUGAUAUAGAGGACCGCUUAGGAACGGGUAAAUUUGGUCAAGUCUUCAAACUAGUGGAGAAGUCCAGUAAAAAGGUAUGGGCAGGGAAGUUCAUCAAGGCAUUCUCACAAAAGGAAAAGGAGAACGUGAGGCAGGAGAUCGGCAUCAUGAACAGCCUCCACCACCCCAAACUGGUGCAGUGUAUGGACGCCUUCGAGGGAAAAUCGGACAUGGUCAUGGUCAUGGAGAUGAUUUCUGGCGGCGAGCUGUUUGAGCGAAUCGUGGAUGAAGAUUUCGAGCUGACCGAGCGAGAGGUGAUUAAGUACAUGCUGCAGAUCAUAGAUGGAGUCCAGUUCAUCCACAAGCAAGGCAUCGUCCACUUAGAUCUUAAACCAGAGAACAUCAUGUGCAUAAACAAGACCGGAAGCAAGAUCAAGCUCAUUGACUUUGGGCUUGCUCGAAGACUAGAGGAUUCUGGCUCUCUGAAGGUUUUGUUUGGGACUCCUGAGUUUGUUGCUCCUGAGGUGAUCAAUUAUGAGGCUAUCAGCUACCCAACAGACAUGUGGAGCAUUGGCGUCAUCUGUUACAUUCUUGUCAGUGGUCUAUCGCCAUUCAUGGGAGACAACGAUAACGAAACCCUCGCCAACGUCACCUCAGCCACCUGGGAUUUUGAGGAUGAGGCAUUUGAUGAGAUUUCAGAUCAAGCCAAAGACUUCAUCAGCAGGCUUCUGAAAAAAGACAUGAGGGCCAGACUGACCUGCGCUCAGUGUUUCGAGCACUCCUGGCUCAAACAGGACACCAAAAACAUGGAAGCUAAACAGCUGUCCAAAGAAAGGAUGAAAAAGUACAUCCUGAGACGUCGCUGGCAGAAAACUGGGAAUGCAGUGAGAGCCAUUUCCAGAUUCAGCUCUAUGGGAAUGUUAGGAGGGAUCGGCCCAAAGAAAAGCUCUCCAACUGAAGAAGAGCCUCCAGCACCAUUUCUUGAGAGCGUGGAGGAUGAAAACCACACUCCAGCAGCGCCCAGCUUCGCCUCUGUCAUUCAGGAUGUGGAAGUGGUGGAAGGCAGCGCUGCCCGCUUUGACUGCAAGAUUGAAGGCUGCCCAGAUCCUGAGGUGGUGUGGUACAAAGAUGACCAACCUAUUAAGGAGACACGCCACUUCCAGAUUGACUAUGAGGAGGACGGCCACUGUAGUCUGGUGAUCUCAGAAGUUUGCCCUGAUGAUGACGCCAAGUACACCUGCAAAGCCGUCAACGGCCUGGGAGAAGCAUCCUGCACCGCUGAGCUGAUGGUGGAGUUUAUGCAGGAGGAGGAGGGAGACGCUGAAGGAGAGGAAGAGGACUGAACAAUGAUGAAGAAUGCACUGAAUAACCCAGGAACCGAAUAUCUUAAUCAUUUACACACCAAGUCAAUUCUUCUUUAAUUUUACAUCGUAUUUAUGUGUCUUCUUACUGCCUAGAAUAGUAUGGAGAGAGCAAAACAGUUUUUGAGUACAACUGUUUGCUAAAAUCAGAGACAUUCCAGCUUGAGCCUUUAAUUAUCCCUGACUGAAUUUCCAAAAGGAACUAUCUAUGUGACAACCUAUGUAGGCAACACAGGCUCAUUGAGAAAACGUGCUUGCAUGUAUAGUUAAAGAUAAAAUUAUUAGCCCUG